UCGAGGCGGACGGACGUGUUUUUCGUGCUCGCGUGCGUGAUACUCGUGUUUUACCCCCGGGUUGGACGUACCGCCGCGCCGUUGAUUGUCGUUCGUUGUUGGUUUGUUUUUUUUGUUUUGUAGCAACAAAACUCGCCGCCGUGCGUUCCGCCCGGUGUUCAAUAAACAGCCACCAAAGUAAUUUUUACUGUGACCCUUUUUUCUGGUCGCGGUAACGUGCGUGCGUGCGUGCGGGUGUGUAUCGACGUGUGCGUGUGGAUUCCCUAUUGUUUAUUCGUGCGUUCGUGAAUCGGCUGGUCUCACGCACGUUGUGCACGCUGUGUUUGGCUAGUUGGUACUAGAGCAUCGCCAUAAUUCGCUUUCGCGAGAUAGGUAGCGGAUGCGCGAGUAUGCCUGUCUCGCAGUAGUUCUCGGUAAUAGUGUGACCCCACAGGAAACGGUGUAAAUUGUCCAGUUACAUUACUCCACCGCUCCAACGACGCUCUCGUGGAGCUAGUGAUACCACCAUCCAUGGACCAUGUCCCUUACCAUCAGCAUUGACUUUCGGCCCGAUGGCGAGGAUCAGGCAACAAAUAAUUGAUUGAUUAUGAAAGGAUAAGGGAUCGCGCCGCCGUCGUGAAGGUCAACAACGUGAUAUCUUUGGGAUACUAAGUAACGAUCUUCCGGAAUCGAGGCACCGUCGGCGAAGAGCCUGAAGCAAAAAGGACUACGGGCAUCGGUAAACAGUUCUCCGUUCGUUCGAAACGGAGAGACGGUGCGCGAGAUCGUUUCCUGGAGUCUCCGAUACCAGGUAGUAGAAGAGGGCUCCUCGUUCACUGCCUGGUCGCCUAGUAGUGGAAGGCGGAGAAAACCGAGGUCGACCGGUUGGCGAGAAAAGAAAUUAAUAAUAAUUAUGUUUUAAUUAAAUCAUCAUCGUUAUCCGUACCGGAUAACCCGCGACCGGGGAUCGCUAUCGGGCUGGCAGAAUCAGCGCAAAAAGAAGCACCGUGUACCCACCAGUGAGUCCGGUGAAGGUCGACAGGCAAAUCGAAGGCAUAUCGCGUGCUCUAACAGAGCCUGUCAACGGCAGCGGCCGGUGGAAGAGAAGAACGCCAGGACGAACGAACGUCCCUAAUUGGAUUGCUGAGUUGGAUGGAUGUGAUGCCUUGUUUGAAGAUGAACCACUAGACGACCGCCAAGCAACGGGCAUCGUGGCGAAGGCCGGCGAAGAACGUGCGCCGCUCGCUGCUUUAACUAAUUGAACAAGCCAUCAGCAAGUGAGUGGACCCAGGGAGCUUUGGGACGCCUUCAGCCGGUGUAGGCUCUGCGGUCCGCAAAGCGUAUCUUAUCCAGGCCCAUGGUAAAGGAUACCCAAGACAGCAACCUGUUGUGGCUUACUUCGUCUGUAAGCCGCUAUUCUGAAUGCCGUGGAGUGCGGUUCGAUUGAUAGCGAGCGUGUUUUGUACCUUCGAAGCAGCAGCAGCAGCAGCAGCAGCAGCCGCAGUGUAAUGAUGGUGACUACAGUAAGAAGCAGUCAAGGGACACCGGCGGUGAUGGGUGGUCAAUGCAGUAGGGUCUCACGUAGGGCUAGUUUCUCGUUGCACCGGAACACGAUGAACCACAGCAUCUUCAGCCGCUCUCCGGGGAAACCUACGUCCGCACAAAGUCCAGUCAAUAGCGCCAACAAACAUCAGGAUUCUUGGAAUGGCGAUGCGUUGCAUCGGUCCACAAGAAACCAUCGAAUCGAACCAUCCUUCUGUGAACAGCCCAUUCCGAUCCGGUUAUCGAGUCAGUCGGAAGCAGCAAUUGAUGUCGGAGCGCGAGUGUAUCCGCGAGCGAGUUUUGCUGCAUCACCCGCUAACACGGAAGACGAUGGUAGCAGUGGCGAGGUGUGGUCAGCCUUUUUUCGUUUAGGGCAGCGUCCUCGACAACGACAACAACAGCAGUAUCACCACCUGCUCCGGACCCGGACUGGAUUCGUCACCGGUUUGUGGCGUUCCCUCUUCCAGCAGCAACUAGUGCUAGUGUUAACGUUAGUUUUAGUAUUCAGCGGUAUCGAAUCCGUGGUUCACUGUGAUGAGAUUGUGUCGAACGGUAGUGGUCGUGGUGGUGAUGGAAGUGACCGGGUGCUCCUGAACCGUGGAAACCUGCUCGAUGGUGUCGUCCAAGUGCUGACUACCAGCAAGGGCAGCUAUAGGGGGAGUGGCAGCGUUCCUGCAAGCACUGAUCAGUUCACUAGCAGCAACAACAACGAGCUCGACGAUGGGCUGGACGGUGGCCGUCAUUUCACUCAUCACUGGGCCGUCCACAUACCGGAUGGUGAUCAGGAGCAGCUCGCAGAACGUGUAGCGGCCGAACAUGGCUUCAUCAACCGUGGCAAGAUUUUCCACGAACACUACCACUUCGAGCACAGCCGGUUACAUAAACGCUCGCUGAGUCCCUCGAAACCCCAUCAGCUACGGCUGGAGACUGAUGAGCGGGUCCGGUGGGCACGCCAGCAGCGGGCCAAGUCGCGCCAAAA